AUGUGUCUUUAUGUUGAAGCUGUUUUAACUUGGAAAGGAAUUCCUUUUCAUAGAAUAAGUAACCAAUUCUUUCUUGGUUCAAAAACUGAUGGAGCAAUUCCUUUUGCUAUUUAUAACGGGAAAUAUUUGGAUGGAGCAGAAAAAAUAAUUGAAGAAGUUAAAAAAAGGGGAAAUAAAAAAUUGAGUGAUGAACAUGAUGAUAAUAUUAGAAAAUUUGCAACUAAAACUUUGCUAAAGACUCUAAUUGCUGAUAGAACAUUUCGGAGAGAUCUUCCCUCUGCAACAAUUCCAAAAAAUAAUUCCGAAACACAACUAGCCUCAUCUUCAGCACCAGCAACGCCAAAGGGUGGAAUCUCUAUAAGAAAGAAAUUUAGUCCAAUUGAUAUUAAAAUCCCUCAUGCUAAAAACGAAGAAAUAAUGAUGGCAAAAUCUGAGGGGCAUUCUCCUGGAAGUUCUUUUCUUUCUAGAACUAUUGCUCAUUUAAAAUUACAUAAUAAUAAUCUUGCAAAGAAAGGUCCAGGUGGUCUUGAUUGGAUGUUAAAAGAUGAGGGAGUUCGUGAACAAUUAAUUCCAAAUAUUCCAGAAGCUUUCUUAGGUGGACUUGCGGACAAAUGUAUAAAGGAAAAUAACCCUCCUUUUUUAGACCCAGAAAUUCAAAUUAAUAUUUCUAAAGAAGAAAGUAUGAGUGAUGAAUUUUUUGAUUCUCCAGUAAAAGAUAAAAAUGAAAAGAAAUCAAAAAAAGAGGAGGAAGAUGAUGAAAGUGAUGAAACAAAAAUAUCUAAGAUUAAAUAUUCCAUUAAAAUGACGUUAAGUCCAGAAUUAUGGAAAGAUUAUUUUAAUAUUUUAAAUAAAAUAAAAAUAAAUGGAAGGGAAAAUAGAGAAGAAAUUAAUUUAUUGAAAAUAAAUUUUCUUCAAGAAUAUUUUGGAUAUAAUGCUAGAAUUUAUGAUGAUUGGGAACGUGUAAAUUAUGCUCUAAAAAAUACAAUUAAUGAUAUUUUAAAGAAAUUAAUUGUUGAUAGUCAAAUGCCUUUUUGUUGGGAAAAAAGGAUUAUUGGGAAAAAUAUUAAUGAAGUUGAAGUAUUUAAUGAAUUUAAAGAUAAAGUAAAAUCGUUGGGGAUAAUAAAAAAGUUGACUGAGGCAGAGGCUAAAACCGAGGCGGAGGGUAAAAAUAAUUUUUUGCAUGGAAAUAAUCCAACUUUGGCUGAUUUUGCCCUUUUUGCUUUUCUGAAUCAAUUUUUUGAAUUUCCUUUAAAUAUUCCAGAAUUUAAAGAAUUAUUUACCCCAGAAAAGCUCAGUAAUGAGGAAAAAGAAUUAAUUGCUAAAAGAAAAGGGGAAACAGAAAAUUCAAUUAAAAUAAAUGGAAAUUUAUUUAAAAAUUAUAUAAAAAGAGUAAAAAAUAUUUUGGGAAAAUUUGGGGAUGAUGAAGUUUGGAGAAUGAUGAAACAGAGACCCUGGCCUUUAAAUUUUAAAUUAAUUGAGGAGGAAGAAAAUGAAAUUUUUGGAGAUAAAUAUGAAGGUCCAUUCAACAUUGAAGUAGGCGAAUUAACGAAUAUUCACACAUUGCUUGAUAUAAAUAAUGCAGAAAAUUUUCUUUCUGAUGAAAGUACUCAGCUUAAAAAGGAAUUAAAGAAAAAAGGAUGGUGGUCAGAUUCUGAAUUUUCAUUAAAUAAUAAUAAAAUUGAAGAAGAAACAGAAGCUGGACCGAGUGAAAAAUUAAAGGGAAAAGAAAUUUCAACAGAAGAAACAAAUGAUAGUAAGAACUUAUUAUCAAAUGCCCUCUUAAGGAUGGAAAAAUUUUAUUUUAUAAUUUAA